UCUCUUUUCAUCAACAUAUAAUAAAGACAUCAAGAAAAUGUCAAGCACUCUCAUCCGCUCCUUCACUCGUGCACCUCUCCGUAGUGUGGCUCAGCUCCGUCGUGGAGGUGGUCAUGAGGGCUACAACCUGCCUACUGGUUACCUCUUUAACGAGAAGCCUCUUCCUCUUGGUACCAAGCGUGUCAAGGAAGACUGGGAGAACUUGUACUUUUACGGAUUCAUGGGCUCCAUGGUCCUCGGCACUGUCCUCGUCUAUUACAAACCGGAUACAAAGCUCCAGACUUGGGCCAUGAAGGAAGCAAAGGACAGAUUGCAGGCUCGUGGAGAGGACGUCACUUACAAGAAGCAGGAAUAGAAAAUAGAAAGAAAG